GAAUCUAUACGUGGAAAGUCAUCUUAAAGAGAAACAGAGCAUCGCUUGUGAGCUCCGCCACGAGGGGCUUCAUACCACGUGACUGCGCUGUACGCCUUCUCAGCACUGACACUACUUUGCAAUUAGUCUCUGCAGCAACAUGUGUUAGAGAACUGGUUUUUUAAAUGUAUUUAUUUAUUUAUUAGAUCAUUUUCUUUUCCCUACAAGGAUGUGAGAAGUUUUGGAUUACCUUCCAGCUUGCUUGGAUGCAUAAUAUCUUCAUACGUUUUUGCGUUAAAGUUUUAACCAGGGUUCAUUUAGAAAACGUAAAAAAACAAAACAAAACAGGGUGUUAAUCGAACAGUGGACGCGUUCAAGCAGAAGUCGGCUUGUAGUUUCACAAGUCUGACUUGUGAGAGCACGUGGAGCUUUCAGUGUGCGGAGAGCGCGCGUGCGGCAGCGCAAUGAGCCAUGAAACAUCUCGCAGCGUCCAGAGGGUCUGAAUGGAGAAAGGUCAACUAUACGUCAUGUCCUGACAUGAGAUGAACCUGAAUAGCUACACAUACAGACUGUGGAGAGAUUUCCAAACAGAAUCCUGUUCAAGAAUGAGGAAUAAAUAUGUUAUCCUCAUCAUCUGCAUUGUGGCCCUUGUCAUCAUUGAAAAGGAAAACAAUAUUAUCUCAAGGGUCUCUGACAAGCUCACACACAGACAGACACAACAAACCCCAGGGCUUCCUUCAUUCUUCAAUGGCUCCAGUUUGGAUGACAGUGAGAUGAGUAUAAAUUCCACACAGCUUGUAGAUCCAUACCAGGCUGGUCAUAAGCACAUUCUCUUAUUGGCCACCACUCGCACUGGAUCCUCCUUUGUAGGUGAGUUUUUUAACCAGCUGGGUACCAACAUGUUCUACCUGUUUGAGCCACUGUGGCAUGUAGAGAGGACACUUUCGCAAGACACAGGGAUCCCCAAUUCAAACAUCUCAUCCAUUGCGUACCGGGAUGUGCUGCUAAGCCUAUUCUUGUGCGACUUCUCGCUGCUGGAGAGCUUCAUUAGCCCACCUCCUCUAGAGCAUGUCACUCCAGCUCUGUUCCGCCGUGAGUCCAGCAUGGCUCUGUGUGAGGAGCAGGUGUGCACGCCAGUGCAGAAGAAUAUUUUUGAGAGAUAUCACUGCAGAAUGCGCCGCUGUGGCCCUCUCAACUUCACCUUAGCAUCACAGUCUUGUCUGAGGAAGAAGCACAGGGCCAUCAAGACGGUUAGGGUUCGGCAGCUGGACUCACUCCGUUUGCUACUUGAAGAUCCUAGACUGGAUAUUAAGGUCAUACACCUGGUGAGAGACCCCCGCGCUGUCCUGGCCUCAAGAAUGGUAGCCUUUUCUAGCAAAUACCAGACUUGGAAAAGUUGGGCAGCAAAUGGAGAGGUACCCAUUGAUGAUGAAGAAGUGAAACGGCUCCAAGGAAAUUGCAAUCAAAUCCGCGAGUCUGCCGAGCUGGGCUUGAGCCAACCAGAUUGGCUGGAAAAUCGCUACAUGCUUGUGCGCUAUGAGGACAUCGCCAGAUACCCCAUGCAGAAAGCGGCUGAGAUGUACAGAUUUACUGGGAUCCCAUUCACAUCACAGGCAAGGGAAUGGAUCAUUAGGAACACACAUGCUUCAGAGGUUGCCAGUGGAGUGUACUCUACACAGAAGAACUCUUCAGAGCAGGUAGAGAAGUGGCGUUUCAGUAUACCCUUCAAAUUAGCCCAAGUUGUGCAAGAGGUUUGUGGGCCGACUAUGGAACUAUUUGGAUAUCGAUUUGUUGACAGUGAGGAGACACUAGUCAAUAAGUCUAUUAGUUUGCUUGAAGAGAAACAGUUUAAUUUAUCAUAUGUUACAGAUUUUAACUCAUAGUUUUAGUAGGAAACUAGUGUUCUAGAUUUUAAACAGAGCAGUGAAUGUAUUUCAAAUGCAUGUAUACCACACUGGAGCACAGAUGUUGUAUGCCUUCAGCGCUUACCUCAUGGUGUAGCUUUAAUCAAAGUGCAUUCAGUUUGGUUCAUCUAAUUAAGAUAUUUGAAUGAUUAAUUAAUUGUAUUUGCUGCUUGUGUUUGAAAAGAGAUUUAAUUUGUAUAAGUAAAUUAGGUUGUUGUUUUUAGUCCUGGAGACAUUUUUAGCCAAACAUGUUUACCCAAGUUGUUUUUGUGUCUUUUAUAGUUUCUAUUGAAAUUUGGUGAUGCUGGACAAAACUGUGUUCUUAAACAACAUAAAUGUGUGUGUUUACUGUUUGUGUUCUGAACACAAAAUGAAGUCAAAGCCAGAGUAUGAGACUUUUGCACAAGACUAAAGGAUACUAGAUACAAUUUCAAAGCAGGAACUGUUAAACAGUUAAUAAGGUGUAAUUAUAAUAAGUCUUCCCUUAAGGCAAUUGUUAUAUAACUUUUGGUUUCUUGAUUUCUGGUUUCUGUUUUGCCACAAAAAGACAGGCAAAGCACUGUUAACAUUUGGGUAAAAUGUGCAUUAUAGGGUGAUUGGGUAUAUGUAAAAUGGGGAGAAUUGGAUUAUAGUGAAAGGAAAAGGUUAAAAAAUAAUACAAGAAGGAGGAAGGUUUAAUAAUAUUAGAAGACAAUGAUCCAGGUACUUUGCCAAAGGAAGACUGGAUUUUUGAUCUAUAAAUAUAAUGCUAGCUCUUUUCAUUUUAAUUACAUUAAAGAGUAAAUUGUAAUACAAGUCACACAAUAUAAACCAAAAAUCUACAUCUGCCUGAAGGUCAUGGCUUAUUACCAAUUGACAGUACUUGUGUAUUUAUGACUGUUGUUUACAAAUAAAAUUAAAUUAAUGUGAAUCAGCAUUGCGAACUGUCUUUUGAGUCUAAAACAGUGGCGUCAAAUCAGUAGAUAUUUUGGGUGUGCUUGUAAAAUCUGAACAAAGUUCUCCAUGAUUCAAAUGACCUUGCAAUUUGAUACAAAAAAAGAAUUUAUAAAUCCCUGACUGUGGUCCUUAUCUGAAUAUUUAAUAUUUGUGUUAGUAACUGCUACAAGAACAUGUUUGUUUCUGUAUCAAAUUCAGUUCUAAAACUGUACUAAACUCUUAUUAACCAGACUUUAAGUUAAAUAUUUAAUUAUUAGAGAUGCACACCUAACUGUGUACGACUGGUUCAUAAUCUCAGUCUAGGAAUAUGCCAUGCAAUACAGCUUAUGUUUUCACUGCUCUAAAACACCAGGCCAAUUUAGUUAAUGGUCUGUUAAUGAGCUGAUGAGUUGUGUUGGAUCAGGAAAAAUGCAAAAAUGUCUCUCAAGAGCUGGAAUUUAGAAGCAGGGGCACCAUAAUUGUGGAAAUUGUGGAGGGACUGAAUGAUUCCAGGUGACUAGAGCCCUGAAACACGUGUCUUAAAGAAGAGACUUUUGAAGUGGAGUAGGGUGGAGUGAGAGGUGAAGGUGGGCACCAUGGUGAUGCAACCAUGCUCAAUAUGUAGCAAGAUUUUUAUGGUGUGCCUCGUCUUAAGAAACUUGUAAAAUCAGAUGCUAGCUGUGUCACAAAUUCCCCAUGAAGGCAUGGAGCAUUAAUCAUUCUGUGUUAACCAGUGACCUCAUAAAGGACCAUGUGUAAUAAAAGACGGGCAGACCAGUGAAGUCAAACAUCACUAUUUUUAUUUUAUUUUCCAUGAAUGUUUUUCUUGAACUCAUUUUGCGCUGUCUUAGAGUGUAGUGCACUUCACUAUCUUAUAAGGCCACAUUGUGCAUACAGGCAGGCACGCGGGACACAUGGCUCCUCGUGUGUGUAUGUGUGUGUGUGUGCUGUGUUCUCAGGAUAUGCUGCGCCCUCUCUGAGAGCCGCUCGGAGCAAAUUGAGGCUCACCCAGCUGCUGAACGGCUCUUUCAUACAGCCCCUCUCCCCACCACCUCCACAGCACACAGACCUGCCUAUUCAACACUCAGCAGCACCAAAAACCUGUGAAACACACUGGCAGUCUGUGAAGAAGACAUUACUGCACAGUCAAUGGAAUUACAGUUUAUAGGUAAGUAAGUAGACUAGUUCAGUAACACAUUUAAAAAGUUCAAAAGAAAUUGUAGUGGUGAAAAAUGACACAGUGUAGUUUAUGUGUAAGCAAAGGACUGGCCCCAAGUCUAACAGAGGGUUUAUUAGUAAUGCUAAUAUUUUGGUCAUAGCUGGCAGCACUUUUUUUUUUAAUCUUUAACUUCAGUGCUUUUUCUGAGCUUUCCACAGGGACAGAGAGAGUAACGCUGGCCUGACUAAUGGGGGAAGAGAGAACAUUCAGUUCACAUUUACUCUGAUGGUCUCUGCUGCCUGUAUAAAGAAUCCUUGUCUCCAUUCGAUUAACAGAGAAAUCACAGAUAGACCUACUGAUACAAUUUAACUAAAUAUAACUAUGUCAGAAUGAUUGGCUUCUUUCAGAAAUUGCCACAAACAGAUUAUAUAAAAUAAAUAUUACACACAAUGAUUCAAGCCUACCAGUGGGUCCCUGCAUUUGAAUUGAAAACCUGUGGCCUGAAAAGGCUUAGUGUAUAAUUCUUUCCACAGGGAUCUCACCAAACAUU